GAUCAGAAGAAUCGGUAAAACGUAGCUUAAACAAUAAAUGCGUCGCGCGGGAAAUCUCGUCGUGUCUCGCUGCAGAGUUCGUCGGGUACGCGGACAAAAUUCUGAAGACUGCCACUGUCCAACUUACAGACGAUAUGAUGAUCGUUGAUGAAAGUAACGGCGCAGCAGCUAGAAUGCCAAUAAAGUCUGAAUCAUUAGCACGAGCUGGUAAAUCUUUAGAAGACAAAGCGCAAGAGAUUAUCAUUGAUAAAUUAUGGAACUUUGCGACUACACGGUCUUUGAGGUACAGGCUGCUUGACAAUGCUGAUGUUGUUAUUUCUGGUAAACAACAGAAAGACGGAAGCUUUGGUGUAGGAGUUUCAAUGAAAGCACCAAAAACAAUUGAAACUGGAAGAGCCAGAAAUAAGAACAUGGGUCCAUUCUUGGCCGCUGCAGCUAUGAAGUUUGGUCUACUCGGGGCCCUGACAUUUAAGGGCCUGUAUUUAAUGGUCGGGAAGGCCCUUCUAGUCUCCAAAAUAGCUCUUCUGUUAGCAACAAUAAUUGGACUCAAGAAAUUAUUCUCUCCACAGGCUAUCAACAAAAAGGACUAAACAAUUGGGUGUUUGAGACCUGAUCGGAGAUUGUGGCGAGUGGUUUAUGGUUUUACCUCGAACUAAUAAUGAAACUGUUUGUUUCCGUUUGACAUUUGACAUGUAGAGUUACGAUUCUAUCAGAAUUGGCAAUUUUUAUAUUUACUUGUCAAUCGAAAAUUACGUGGUGGAUAUGUAAAUAAUAAUUUAUUUAUUUAUUAUUUAAAAACUAAGUUGCUCUAACUUGUAUUGCUAUUUUGCAUUUAACAAAUGGCUAAGUAUAACAUAUUAAUUUAUAUUGUUACAUAAUUUAUUAAAAAUGUACUAACGAACAUUUAUUUUGGAUUAAACGAAUUAAUCACUAAC